UUGUCAAAAGAUUCAAUCUUGAAAAUGCCCUGAAUGAUGUCCAGUUAUUGUUUAUGCACCUGAAUCGACAUGCAGUUGCAUGCUAUGAUAUAGAUACAGGUUUUAGAUAUAUAUAUAUAUAUAUAUACAGAGAGAGAGAGGAAAAGAGUAGUUUUCCUCUUCGGAAAUCCCAAAGCUUAGCGAAUUCUUUCUUGUCUGCCUUUCUUCCUUCCUCGGAUUCAUCCCUUCUUGAAUUUUAUUAUUUGGAGUCGAAUUUAUUUUGUUAUUAACAGAGUUUUAGAUUGUAAAGAUUCCAUCUUUUUUUCAGUCUCUAAUAGAUUAAUUGAAUGGCGAAUGCAUCUGGGCUUGUUGCUCCAACGCUUCCCAGUUUUAGGAGGAGAUUUUCUCCGUCAUUAGGCGUAUAUCGAUCUGGGUUUUGGUUCUGCCACGGCGUUUCGAGGCGAACGGUGUGUUCUAGUGCGGCGCAGGGUGCAGAGAAGCUUUCCCCUGCUGAAUCCAAAGCGCGAAGACUUGUCAGCAAAGGGUGCAAGUUGGUUGGAUGUGGCUCUGCACUACCAAGUAUUCAAAUAUCCAAUGACAAUCUCUCUGAAAUUGUCGAUACUAAUGAUGAAUGGAUAUCUGUCCGGACUGGAAUUAGAAAUCGAAGAAUACUUUCUCGAAAAGAGAGCUUGACGGCUAUGGCUACAGAGGCUGCUCAGAAAGCUCUUCAGAUGGCCGAGGUUGAACCCAAUGAUGUUGACCUCGUGUUGUUGUGCACUUCAACUCCAGAAGACUUGUUUGGGAGUGCUCCUCAGAUUCAAAAAGCACUUGGCUGCAGUCGCAAUCCGUUGGCUUAUGAUAUUACAGCUGCCUGCAGUGGCUUCCUGUUGGGCCUAGUUUCAGCUGCUUGCUAUAUUCGAGGGGGUGGCUUCAAUAAUGUUCUUGUGAUCGGGGCUGAUGCUCUAUCUCGCUACGUUGACUGGACUGACAGAGGAUCUUGUAUUCUCUUUGGUGAUGCUGCUGGUGCUGUCUUACUACAGUCGUGUGAUAGUGAAGAAGAUGGUUUAUUUGCUUUCGACAUGCACAGUGAUGGUGAAGGUCAGAGGCACUUAAAAGCCGGCAUGAAGGGAGACAGCACAGAUCAAGAGUUGGCCACAAACGGUUCGCUCCUUGGUCUCCUGCCAAAAGGCUCCUCUUCGUACUCGUGCAUCGAGAUGAAUGGCAAAGAGGUCUUCCGCUUUGCUGUCCGUGUCGUUCCACAUUCAAUUGAACUGGCCCUAGAGAAGGCAGGUCUCGGCGUGUCCAGUAUAGACUGGCUAAUACUGCAUCAGGCGAACCAGAGAAUAAUCGAUGCAGUAGCCACGCGUCUGGAGGUUCCCCAGGAGCGAGUCAUAUCCAAUUUGGCAAACUAUGGGAACACGAGCGCUGCCUCGAUUCCAUUGGCGUUGGAUGAGGCUGUGAGAAGCGGGAAGGUCAAAGCCGGUGAUACCAUUGCCACUGCUGGCUUCGGAGCUGGACUUACAUGGGGCUCUGCUAUCGUUAGAUGGGGAUGAUCAGCGACACGCUCGUCUCCAGUUUUGCAUGUUCUGCUCGUCUUUCGGACUUUGUUAGCUAUGGAAAAAUGGACGAAAUUGCUAGGAGUGGAUGUUGUUGAUCAGGUUUAUUUGAUUUGUUGGACAGUGUAAACUGCAACUGUAAUUUAACUAUGUUUUCUGAAUAUGGCAAAAUUCCAUUUCUUUACCAAAA